UGUGACUGGGUUUCUACCUAUCACUGGCAGGCUGUACUGGGCUGGAUCCACCACAAACCCCAGUAAAUGUUGAAGGAAUGAAAGUACUGUUGGGGCCAUCACACUUCGUAGGGAGAUCUGGUGCAUUGGAGUUAGAUGAACUUGAGUUAAACCACAAACACUCCAAGACCUGUGUGCUCAUGGGCAAGUCAUUGGAAUUCUGAACCUCAAUUUCCUCAGCUCUGUCUACCUCUCAGGAUUCUGUGAAGUAACAUGUGAGGUUCCUGGUACAGUGCCUGGCUUACUAUAAGGGGUCAAAUAUGUAUCACUCUGGCAGCCAAGAAGCAGAGAAGGAAAAGGUGUCCAGUUAGUGAGCAGGGGGUCAGGAGUGGGCUGUAAGGGGGUAGGAAUACAAAUCUCUGAGACCCCAGUGUGCUUGGGUUCCUAAAACCAUGCUGGUCACCUGCUCUGUUGUGAGCAAAGUCAAGUUAGGGGGAUGGGAGUGAGGUUGACAGAUCACAGGUGCCAAGGCCAAGCCAACCCCUGGCUGCUGGAAUGGACCAGCACCCAGUGACAUCACAAUCCUGAGUAGUUGCUCUGGCAAUGCUGGAGGGGGAAUAUUUCUCUCCAUGGAGCUCUAGGAUGUGGAUGUGAGAAAGUGAGCAAGGAAGGCAGAUGACUACGAGGAACAACCUGAGCUCCAUGCCCACGGGCACGGCUCAUGGUGACAAUGGAGAGGCAGGAACGCUGUCAGCUCCUGAUGCUGGCAUUCGGGACACAAGUUCAGCCACUCAGCUGAAGAUGAAGCCCAAGAAUGUACACAAGAUUAAGGCACUCAUUGUCGACCUGGGCUCGCAGUACUGUAAGUGUGGCUAUGCAGGAGACCCAAGGCCCACCUACUUCAUCUCCUCUACAGUGGGCAAGCCCUGUGAGGCCACUGAUGUGGGCGAUGCCCGCAAGGAGAUGUAUGUGGGCCACGAGCUGCUCAACGUUGAGGCACCCCUGAAGCUGGUUAACCCUCUAAAACACGGCGUGGUGGUGGACUGGGACUGCGUUCAGAGCAUCUGGGAGUACAUCUUUCACAAGGCCAUGAAGAUCCUCCCCGAGGAGCACGCCGUGCUGGUCUCCGACCCCCCGCUCAGCCCCAGCAGCAACCGGGAGAAGUAUGCGGAGCUCCUGUUUGAGACCUUUGGCAUCCCCGCCAUGCAUGUGACAUCCCAGUCAUUGCUGUCCAUCUACUCCUACGGCAAGACCACCGGGCUGGUGGUGGAGAGCGGACACGGUGUCUCAAAUGUGGUCCCCAUCUCAGAAGGCAACGUGCUGCCAGGCCUGACUGGCAGUGUUGACUAUGCCGGGAGCGACCUCACCAACUACCUGCUGCAGCUGCUCAUUAAGGCCGGCCUCAAGUUCACCAAAGACGACCACUUGCACAUCCUUGACCACAUUAAGAAGAUGUGCUGCUACUCGGCUUUCCAGCCUGAGGAGGAGCUUGGCCUGGACCUGGAGGAGCUGCGCGUGGACUACGAGCUCCCAGAUGGCAAGGUCAUCACCAUUGGCCAUGAGCGCUUCCAGUGCGCCGAGAUGCUCUUCAAUCCCACCCUGGUGGGAAGCAUCCAGCCCGGCCUCCCUGCACUCACAGCCACUUGCCUGGGCCACUGCCAGGAGGCGGGCUUCAAGGAGGAGAUGGUUGCAAAUGUGCUGCUGUGUGGUGGCUGCACCAUGCUGGAGGGCUUUCCUGAGCGCUUCCAGAGGGAGCUGAGCCUCUUGUGCCCUGGGGACAGCCCUGUAGUGGCUGCAGCUUCUGGGAGGAAGACCUCCGUGUGGACUGGUGGCUCCAUCCUGGCCUCCCUGCAGGCCUUCCAGCAGCUCUGGGUCAGCAAGGAAGAGUUUGAGGAGAAGGGCAGUACAGCCAUCCACACCAAGUGCUGAGUGGAAGCCGACAGGCCAGGCCUCGUGGGCAGGCAACCUCUACCUUUACAGAAUUUCACAUAAAAUUUUAACACAA